UUUCCUCUUUUAUGAAACGCAGUCGAAAUGAAAGCUAAAGGAGUGCUCAAGGAAUACCAGGUUAUCGGGCGCAAGCUCCCGUCGGAGAAGGACCCGAACCCACCGCUGUUUAAGAUGCACAUCUUUGCACCGGACCAGAUAGUGGCUAAGUCUCGCUUCUGGUAUUUCCUGCGGCAACUGCGUAAGUUCAAGAAAGCAACCGGCGAAAUCGUUUCGGUCAAGCGCAUCCAGGAGAAAUACAAGCUUCGGGUGAAAAAUUUCGGAAUCUGGCUGCGCUACGAUUCCCGUUCCGGAACCCACAACAUGUAUCGUGAGUACCGUGACCUGACCGUUGGUGGUGCUGUUACGCAGUGCUACAGCGAUAUGGCUUCACGCCACCGGGCCCGAGCUCACUCUAUUCAGAUCAUUAAGGUGGAGGCUGUUGAAGCUUCGAAGACUCGUCGUGCUCACAUCAAACAGUUCCACGAUUCCAAGAUUCGCUUCCCGCUGGUGCAAAGAUACCACCACAAACGCUACAGGAAGCUGUUCUCGUUCCGCCGACCGGACACAUAUUACAUGUAAAUCGUGUAUUGUUAAUUCCGCUCUUUUUGGCUAGGAAGUAAAGGAAACCAUCUGUGCGAAGUGAGAA